GUUGGAGAUGCUCUUAGUGGUUACCAUCUUUUCCCGUUCUGUUUUCAGCAUUUUCACUUUUUUUCCUCUUCAAAUUCAAAUCUAGGGUUUUGGGUCAUGGUAGACGAAGAAGACAGCAUGAGAGGAUCAAAGAGGAACGAAACUCAGAACACCGUCGCCCUCCCGAAGAAGAAGACGAGAAGAUCAAAUAAGAAUGCCGCCGCUCCCGUGUCGGAACUCCCAAAUCACAUAUUGUCCGACAUUCUAUCUCGGCUCCCUCUCAAAUCCAUCUUCAGAUGCAAGCGAGUAUGCAAGGCCUGGCGAAAUGUCAUUCUGGAACCCUACUUCGCCGAAUUGCAUCUCUCAAGGUCUCCUCUCAGCCUCAUCUUCUACCGCAACGGUAAUAGUAACAACAAUAAUGAUGAUAACUACUCCUCCUCCUCCUCCUCCUCUCACUUUGAAAUAUUCCAACUCCAUGAUCCCCCUAUUUCAGGUUACCGCAUCGCCCGAAUGAAAUUCGGUACUGAAAUCUACUUCCCUCAUAUGGAUAUUCAAGUAGUAGCUUCAUGUAAUGGGUUAGUUUUGUUGUCGAAUCACCCAUCUAAAGACCUUGUUAUUGUGUGUAACCCACUUAGGGCACAACGUUUUAUUCUUCCUAAACCUCAGAGGUUGGCAGUGCCAUACUCUAUUAUUGGAUUUGGGUUUGGGCAUAAUCCAGCGACUGGUCAAUACAAGGUGUUACGAUAUAUUUGUACUUACACACCGCCUAUAUCAUUGGAAUUUGACAUUUAUACCCUUGGGAUUGACGACGAAUGGAGGAGCCUUCAAUACACUGCAAAGCCACCCACCAUUUAUGGUACAACAUUAGUUUUUCUUAACGGGGCUCUUCACUGGAUAGACAAUGAGAAAGCACGGACCAUUUUUUAUUUCGAUAUCGAGAAAGAGCAGUUUGGAAGCUUCCCCUUGCCUUCUCACAUUGGAGACCAUUAUACAGAUCUUGCGGUUGUAGAUAAUCAGUUGUACAUUCACAGCAGGUAUUCGUAUGGUGGGUUGCAAGUUUGGGCAAUGAAAGAUUACGGGGACUUUGGGUCCUGGACUUUGGAAUUGGACAUUGAAGCAUCAAUUACUCGCGGGAUUGACCCAAUUCGCAAGCCACUGAAAAUGUUGAGAGAUGGAAGUCUGUUGAUGAUUUGCAGCAGUUUUUGUCCACGAAAACAGGUCAUCAAGAUUACUCUAGCACCAAAUGUUCAAAUAGAAAAGAUUACUCUAGUAUCUUACAAUCCACAAACAAGAGUGCUGACAAAGUUUAAGCAUCGUGGUAUUUUACUCUGGGGCGCUUCAGUUGCUGAUGUACCAUGCUUAUUCUCUCCAAUGGGCUUUGAAAUGGCAAUAUUAAAAUCUUGAAGAUGAGUUUGGAACAGAAGCUAGUUGAGGAAGUCGUCUCAUUUGCUAUUUAGCAAGGAAGAAUUUGAGUUGCAAGAUAGACUUGUUGCGUUAUUGUGCUAGAAAGAACAUCAGUACAACAAGGGCCGGUAAAGAGAUGCCAACUCCAAUGCGCUGCCCCUGUAGUCUUGCUUAUGCUGUGUGGAUUUGGCAUCUUUUCUUAUCCAUCUAUACUUAGAUUUAAGUCAAGUAAAGAAAUAAUCUUGAUUCUACAACUGUAUUCUGAUACAAGAAUAGAUGAGAUUGUCAUCAUGAUUCAUGUUUGCUGACAGGCAGUUGUAGAAAGUGAAAGUAUUGUAGUACUAAUUUCUUGAAUGGGGGUAUGUUACCAUCUGGCUUAUAAUUUAC